AUGUUUACUACGAUGCAAUCGACGUUGCCAAUACUUUUGAUGUUGCUUAUAGCCGUCUGGGCUCGACCUCAGUACGGUCCGUACGAUGGUGGCCCAUUUGGACACGGUGGUGGACCGGGAGGACGAGGGGGACCAGGUGGAUCUUUCGGAGGUCGAAGAGGAAUGCGUAGACCAGGUGGAUCAUUCGGAGGUCCAAGAGGAAUGCGUGGACCAGGUGGAUCAUUCGAAGGACCUUUCCAAGGACCGCGAGGCCCAGGUGGACCAUUCGGAGGACCGGGAAGUCCAUUUGGUCCCGGUCGAGGCGAAUUUGGUGGCGGUUUCGGGCCACCACCACCAGGAGGUCCUUUUGGACAAAUGGGACCAGCAGGUCCUUAUGGUUCAAUGGGUGGAUACGGAUACCGAUGA